GAAUCCGAUUUAAAAGUCUUAAGCUUUAUGCUCCCGGGGGCCCUUAGCUUUCCUUCAAAGGUUCUAAACAGAUAGCCACGACAGCUUUGUGAAACAGACACGUAGGACUCGUGAUCAACAAGGUCUUUUUGAUAAACUUUCUUUUUCUCUUCCGCUUGAGACCAUCGAGGGAGAUGGCUCAUUGAGAGUACUUAAACUGCUUCCAGUGUCAAAACUUUGAACUUGGAAUCUUGUUCAGAAGAUCGAUCUUUUAUUCAGUCCAUUCCAAUCACGAUGUGGUCAGUAGCGUGCGUCGUCGUAUUUUUCGGACUAUUGAUAAGCGCGUACAUUGUCACACGGUGCAGAUCAAUUUCGGCCUUGCCACUGCCGCCUGGCCCCAAGCCAUUGCCGAUAAUUGGCAAUAUCCAUCAAGCUCCUAGGUCGCAUGGCUGGAGGACGUAUUGCGAGUGGAACAAGCAGUAUGGGCCGAUUGUUUAUGUCAACAUGCUUGGCCAGUCUAUCGUCAUUUUGUCUACAAACAGAGCGGCCCAUGACGUCUUGGCGAAGCAUGGAGCUGUUUGUUCAGACCGACCUCGUCUUUUUGUAAGAUAAAGAUAAUACGAUUCUUGUUACACAUUCACUUCUUGUGUAUGUGUGUGUGUGUGUGUGUGUGUGUAAAGAAAAGAUGAGCUAAUUUGGUUGGGAUUUUGCAGUUGGCGACGGAGCUGGCCUUAAAAGGGUUUAAUCUCCUUAUGAUGAAUUACACCGAGCAAUUUCGACAACAUCAGAGGCUACAGACCUCAGUGCUGAACGCGACUCAGGUAGCUGCAUAUUUGCCCUUCCAGACUCUGGAAUCGUAUCAAUUGAUGCACGACCUGCUGGACAGUGCGGAUAGCGCGGGCAGUGUUGGUAUUGACGUUCGGAGGCCUUUUCACCGCACAACUGCCAGUAUCAUUCACACAUUGCUGUAUGGCUUUCGUAUCAAAGACCACAACGACCCGAUGGUUCAAGCUGUUGUUGAGCUCAAUAAUGAGUUCUCAGAGUUUACCCAGGUCGGUGCGCACAUUGUUGACCGGUUCCCUGUUCUUAACAAUCUACCCGGCUUCUUAGCUCCUUGGCAAGCAAAAGCUGAGAAUCACUAUACAACAAAAUACAACAUGCGCAACAAAAACCUUCAGCGUGGUCUAGAUUCAGAUUCGUGGAAUAUAUCAAAGCAGCUCAAGAAGACUCUCGAAAAAGAUGACCUUGCGAUGCCAUUGUGUGAGCUGGCGUUUGAUCUUGGCACUUUGAUAGAUGCUGGGCUAGAUGGAACUACAGAUAGUUUGUUCUGGUUUGUGGUGGCUUGUAUCACUCAAGAUCGGGGCUUCAUAGCCACUGCACACAAAGAGUUGGACGCCGUUGUGGGACGCGAUCGAUUGCCAGUUCCAGACGAUAAGCCCAACUUACCGUAUGUCUCUGCUAUCGUCGAGGAGGUAUUUCGUUGGCGACCCGUUGUCCCAGAAGGGGUCCCUCACUUAAGUAAGGAGAAGAUAUCUUACAAUGGAUACACUAUUCCCAAGGGUUCUAUCAUCAUGACCAAUGCAUGGGCGAUUUCCCGGGAAGAGGCUUUGUUCGGCCCGGAUCCUGAUGAUUUUAUACCAAACCGUUGGCUCAAGGAGGACGGCAAGACGCUCAAAGAUCUCCCAUCUUGCGCCUUUGGUUAUGGAAGAAGGAUAUGCCCUGGACGGCAUUUUGCCCACAAUAUCAUCUGGAUCGUCGUCGCACAACUACUAUGGUCAUUCAAUAUCAAGGCUGGCUUGUCUGAGACAGGCGAGUCCGUCCCAAUCGAUCCUCUUGCGUGCACCUACGGCUUCGUCAUGCGGGCUCUACCUUUCAAAGCUUCAUUUCACCCUCGUGGCUCUUGGGUGCGUGAAGUAAUCGCCAGAGAUGGUGAUACUUAUAGUAAAGAUCAUGCGGCUUUGCUCGACCAAAUUGGAGCAUGGUUUGCUAAGCUUUAGUUGUUCUUCGCAUUUGAUACUUUCUCAUUCAUUUAUGCACCCAUGUACAGCCUUCUACAAUGGGUCAAACUAUCGACUUUUAGCAAUAUGGUUUCGUAAAGGUAUGAAUAUAGUGUAUAUUAGCAUUGUUUAAUGAUGCUGUCAAUGAUGCUGAUGUUAAUGAAUAUGUGGACUGAAUGUCUAGACUAAUGGCGUCAAUGUUCUACCCUAAUUAUUGCUAUAUUUUGUAGUGAUUAUGGUUUUGUAGGGAUAGGCCAUGACAUAAUAUGUGUUAGUUCAGAGGGGAGCCGGGAAGUAGGACCGAAGUGACGAAUGUCGGGACGUGUGCAGAACAUUCUAUCUUCAGGCAAUUGGAAAGCAGAUAGAUCCGUGGUAGUACAUAUUUACUCAUUAAUUGUUGCUACUAGAAAAGUGCUGAUAUCUGCAAUCUGAGCCUUACCCCUGCCAGAUAAGAGUAUCGCACAAAAAAAACCCGUCUCGGUAAAACUGUCAGAUAGAUAUCGGUAAUGACAGUGUAAGACGAAGCCAAAAGUCAAAUGUCUGCUUCUUCGCCUGCAAUCAACUCUUCCAUCAAGAUAUGGAUUUGCCUCCAUGACUCCUAACUAUCUCCAUCAUGUAUGUCGUGCUGGUAGCAGCGAUGUGAAAAUCCCGAAAAUGGAGGGUAAACCCGUCUAGUCGGAGGGUUCAACA